GACGCACCCCAGUGUGCGUUGCAUAUCCAAUGAGACUCUGGGUGGUUGUCCCACUGCAAAUAAAGGGAGAUAACGGGCUCUUAGUAGCGGCGGAAAACUUUUUAUACUGACAUGUUAGAGCAAUGACUUUUGCGUAACGGUAAAAACUGGGACUAGGCUCCCAGCAUGAUAUAGGGUUCUUACGGGAAGAGGAAUAAGGAACGAUUGCCACGGCCUGGUGGGGGUAAAGAAAGCAGUGAAUCCGUUGAAGUUCAGAAAGAGAGAAAGAGCGAGCAAGAUUUCCGAAAGUUGAGAGUAAUCCAGAAACACAGCGGCGGUGGAAGAGCUAGUGUACCCAUUUGAAAGAUGAGCUUGAUGUCUGCCAUAGACACCAGUGCCUCCGUGUACCAGCCUGCGCAGCUACUGAAUUGGGUCUAUCUCUCUUUGCAAGACACCCACCAAACUAGCGCGUUUGACGCCUUUAGACCCGAACCCAACUCGUCCCACCCGGAGUUGAACUACUGCAAGACUCCCGCCGCGGACUUGAGCUCGUCCCUCAACUCCAAUUAUCUCAACAACUUUUUUCAGCUCCAGCGGAAUGAGGCAUUGAAUAACAGGGUAUAUAAAAAUGUCUCACCAUACGACUCGCUCAACAACAUUGUUGAUGGACUCAACUCCUUGACGGACCACUUCUCCGACCUCUCCCUCUCCUCAGAGCCCCGCAAGCCCAGCAAAAGACCCCCGCCCAACUACCUAUGCCACCUCUGCUUCAACAAGGGCCACUACAUCAAAGACUGCCCCCAGGCACGGCCUAAAGGUGAGGGUCUAACUCCAUACCAGGGGAAGAAGAGGUGUUUCGGAGAGUACAAAUGUCCCAAGUGUAAGAGGAAGUGGAUGAGCGGUAACUCCUGGGCCAACAUGGGACAAGAAUGUAUCAAGUGCCAUAUCAACGUCUACCCACACAAGCAGCGUCCAUUGGAGAAGCCUGAUGGCCUGGACGUCUCAGACCAGAGUAAGGAGCACCCUCAGCACCUGUGUGAGAAAUGCAAAGUCCUGGGCUACUACUGCCGACGCGUGCAAUAACACCUUAAUAUAUACCCCCCCCCCCUUGCUUGCCUCCUCCCCACCCUCUCAUCCAUCCUCCUUCUCCUCUCCCCAUCUCCAUCCCCUGUUCCUCACCCCUUCCACUCCUCCUCCCCCUCCCUUGUUCCUCCUCCCCCACUCCAUUUCCCACCCCCUCUGAAUUAGCCGGUAAACCUCCUUUUGGGGAGGUUUGUCACUAAACACAGUUCCUGGUCAUUAUCCCUACACCUACUGGCCCUUUCUUAAUGGUAAAGGAGUGAGAGAAACUGAUCCAAGAUCUGUACUUAGUGAUUAAAAGCCCACAAAGUGCUCUUUCUAAACAGUGAUAAAACCCCACAAAGUGCUCUUUUUAAACAGUGAAAACUUGCCUAAAUAAUUGUAUGUAAAUAUCCUCAAUCAUGACAGGGCCUUGUAGCCUUGUGUACCCCACGCAAUGUGUGUGUAUAAUGUGAUAUUGUUCUCACUGACAGUAUUGCCCUCUCUUUGGUUUCAUUACCUCACUUUGGGCUCUGUUGAUUUUGUGGUUACAGAAGAGUUUUCCCUGCCAAGUGAAGUGUGUGUGGAUGUUCUGAGUAUUAAAACAGACAGAGACAGGGCUUCUAGUGAUGGUAAUGUAACAAAGGUCCCUAAACCUUCUAUCGUCAUGGGCUCAAGUCGGGGUCAAUGUCUGGUCAAAGGUCAACCUAUACAUUAAUAACUGUGAAUGAAUUAUGAAUUGAUUAUUGAUUGAUUAACUGAGGGAUACCGCACCAUACAUCCCUGGCUUACAUGUUAUAUGUGGUGUAUUUAUUAUUUGUCGUCUGUUUGUCUGUUGUGCAAUUUUGAAUUGAUUUUAACUGGGAUAUAUACAAGUAACUGUCAAAAUCUAGGUAACACCAACAUAAAGUGUCUUAACAGGACCAGCUUCAAUGAACUGUGGCAUAGAUUCUACAAGUGUCUGGAACUCUAUUGGAGGGAUGCGACACCAUUCUUCCAUGAUAAAUUCUAUAAUUUGGUGAUCUGUUGAUGGUGGUGGAAAACGCUGUCUCAGGCGCCACUUCAGAAUCUCCCGUAAGUGUUCAAUUGGGUUGAGAUCUGGUGACUGAGACGGCCAUGGCAUAUGGUUUUCAUGCUCAUCAAACCAUUUAGUGACCUCUUGUGCCCUGUGGAUGGGGGCAUUGUCAUCCUAUGGGGCAUAGCCAUGGUAGCCAAAAUAAUGGCAAAAAAUCAUGGCCUACCCAGCAUUUUUAUACAUGACCCUAAGCAUGAUGGGAUUUUAAUUGUUUAAUUAACUCAGGAACCACACCUGUGUGGAAGCUCUUGCUUUCAAUAUACUUUGUAUCCCUCAUUUACUCGUGUUUCCAUUAUUUUGGCGGUUACUUGUAUAUGAAUGUGUAGUAGUAUAGGUGUGUAUGUUUUUAUAUCAAAGUAUUAUUGUGUAACUGCUUCUACUUGUCUAUAGAAACUCCUUUAGGUUGAGAAUCGUUCUUCGUUUAGAUGUAGUACAGUGAUAAUAACAUUGAUGUUUUGUAUUUAACAUGCUAUGCAUUUACGUCAGCAAUGAAAUGAGUGUUUAGGUAUUAAUCGAGACUUACAAAUUGACCAGCUUUGAAAAUUAUUGUCCAAAGCCAAAUGCAAUAAGAGCCGUUUCUGUUAUGAUAAAGACUGAAUAUCCAGUUCCUCUUAGCCAAUAUAACAUUCAUAUUUAGACUCUCAAGUGUUAGAUUGAACCUAUCUGCAAUGCUGUAGUCUUUUUUUGCCUACCUAAUUUGACACUUUACUUCCAAAUAAUCAUUUUAUUAUUGUAAUGAGUUCCUUGAAAAGUAAUUCCGUCCUGUACUCUAUGUAUGCUAACAAUAUUCUUAUUAAGGACUCAGCUUCGGUAGUCUAUUUGGUGUAGGAUGCCGGUAGAUUGACAUGGUAGUUUUCAGUUGAUUAGAACUGGUAUUUAAUCUGGUAUAUACAGUAAAUAAGUAAUCCUUAUGCAUUUCAAAGUGGUUUUGUAGUAUACAUAUUGCGUUUGCAAAUUCACAUCUUUUGUAGGACUCACAGCUGGCCAAUAGAGCUGUUCCAAUCUUGUAACGCUACUUUAAGACAGCUUUAUUUACCUAGAAAUAUGACAGUGAAUCUAACUAAUAUCUUUUUCCAAGGGGUUUAACCCCUUCGUAGUGUGUCAAACAGGUGACAGCAGUAAAGGAUGUCUGGGGAGAGAGAGAGGUGAAGGGAUGUAGGUAAGAUGAAUAUAAUGGUUGGUGAAGAAAAAAUAAGUGUGAAAGUUGUCUUGUAACUGACAUAGCCAUGUUUUGUUUAUCAGAGGACGUUUUGUAAGUGUGAUGAUGGAUUAAGUUUACGUUUCUGUGUGUUUGAUACCACAUCAUGAUUUAAACAUUAAAUAAUGUCUUUAAUAGAGGAGGUAACUAACCAUUAUCUCUGUUUUCAAAGAUAUAGGCCUAUACUUUAAACUUUAUCGUUGGAGAAUCUAGAGGGAAGAAUAUCUUUGAUCUAACAUUUUGUAACAUUAGGUAUAGUUGUAUUUUAGUGUUAGAGGUUGUUUACACUUUUGGAACAUUUAUUUUGUGAGUAUAGCUGAAGAGAAGUUUGCUACCAAUUUUCAAAGCUGAGGUGUAUUUUUCAAAUCAAACACAUUAGUUUCUCAAAUAUUUAGAAUGUGUUUAAUGGUUCUAUAAAGGUUGAAUUAUUAGUUGUAUAUUUUAUAUUAUCUUAAAAGUACCAAUGUGCCUUGUAAAAAGAGAAUAAUUAUUUUGAAAAAUUGGAAGGAAAUUAAAUGAGGAGAAUUGAAUUUAGUUUGGAGCUGGAUUAAACUAAGUAACUCUGAGGUAGUGUUUUGUCAAGUCUGAUGCAAGUUCAAGAUGUGAAUACAAAUGGGAAAACAAUAACCUUACCCCGUUAGAACUGAGAAGUUUCAACUGGCUAAUGUCUUCCUCGACACCAUUUUUUUUUAGUUUGGGCGCAGUAACUAAAGCAUCUGGCAAAAACAAUCACACACACUGUAGCUAGUCUGUUGUCAUGGAAUCAACAACGAUGUUAUUUUGAAGUCAGUACACUAAUGUGAAUGAGGUUUGCACUAAAAGCUGUAUACCUCAUCCUCGUUCUCCGGGAUUAAAUCUGAUCUCAUUUGGGUUUUUAAAGGCGAUUUCCGAUUGAGACGAUAUGCAGUGUUUACUGUGAAUGGGAUCUCCACAAAUGCGGGAACAUUGCCUUUAAAAGCUGCAAUGCCUAUAACUCGUGAUCGGAUAGAAUCCCGUCCUUGAGAUGAUAGUCUGUUUAUGACUUAAUGAUUGAUUUAACAAACACAAGUAGGAGUUUAGUCUUAUCUUUCAUACAAUGUGUGGAUACUGAACAAUACCUUAUGCAUAAUUUGUCAAAACUUGGACAUCACACUCAGUUGGUUUUAGUUAUAUGGGAAGGUGAAUGAUAGUUAGCCUAGUUCCAGAUCUGUUGGUGACUCUUGACAACCCCUAUAGUCAUUGUGACAGCACGAUCAGAUCUUGAAACAGCCUACAGGAUAGUACUCUACUCAUUAAAUAUUAGGCUUUAUAAUAGUGAGGAGAUGCAUCAUAGCCAUUCUAUGGAUAUUGUAUUAUCAUCUGAACAAAAAGGGUUUAUUUAAUCAUAUUUGAUGUGAAUCGUGUAUUGAUAUUGAGGGUUUCGUUCGUUGAUUACAGGUCAUAGCAGAUUAUUAUUUUCUCCCCACAUAAUGUUGGGAUCAAUUCUAUAUUUUCAGUACUGUAGCUAAUACUAUUUAUCUGUUUCUCUAUCAUAUCUAAUAAGUGUUAUAAAACCAACUACAACAGAGCAGAACACUGCUGAUAUCCUAUUUUUACAAUAUAUUCUAGUCUUUAUUCUCUUCCCAACAGUAGUGUAUCAGUAUAUUGUAUGUUUCCAUUAGCCAUCUCCGUUAGCUUGGGUAUUAGCCAACUAAAUCUAGGCCUAGAUUCAAUCAGAUCAAGCGUUAACCAGCAAUAGCCGGCAGCUGCACAGCUGAUGGGUUGGAGGAGUCGGAAGUAUAACUGCAUUGGAGCUGUCCAAUCAGUGAGCAGCUGCUCUUGAUCAUUGUCACGAAGCCACACCCAUCCCACUUGCGUUAGAAGAUCAGAACGAGAAAGUGUAGGCUGUAUAGAUUAAAUAAUUAUGCUCAAAUUGAAAAUCAUUCAAAAAAAUAAUGAGGCCUCCCGAGUAGCGCGGUGGUCUAAGGCAUUGUAGUGCUAGCUGUGCCACUAGAGAUCCUGGUUCAAGUCCAGGCUCUGUCGCAGCCGGCCGCGACUGGGAGACCCAUGGGGCAACGCAGAAUUGGCCCAGCAUUGUCCGGGCAGGGUGGGCACAAUGCACGCUGACACGGUCGCCAGGUAUACAGUGUUUCCUCCGCGGUUGGCUUCUGGGUUAAGCGGGCAUUGUGUCAAGAAGCAGUGCGGCUUGGCUGGGUUGUGUUUUGGAGGACGCAUGGCUCUCGACCUUUGCCUCUCCCGAGUCCGUACAGGAGUUUCUGCGAUGGGACAAGUCUGUAACUACCAAUUGGACACCACGAAAUUGGGGAGAAAAAGGGGUAAUAAAAAUGAAUACAACAAAAAAAGAUUUCUAUCAGCCUAAUCGAGGUGUAGAUUUCAUCUCACAUUCCAGUCAACGAACUUGUGAACAAUGCUGCAUCUCUUACUGUGACUCCUUGAAGCCAAUGGCAAUGCCAUUCUCCACUUUAGGUACAGUACAAUGCCAUUCUCCACUUUAGGUACAGUACAAUGCCAGGAGCGUUUUGUGAAUUUGACAACUCUAACUCAGUUCCACCUCCGACACUGCCAAAACAAUCAAUAUGCAGAUCUAAUUGAAUAGAACCCCUAAAGUGCUAAUACUGAUCAAAAUUGAUAUGCAUUAGGCUUAUGAGUGCUCUGACUUUUAAGGAAUAUAAGGAUAAGAAUAUCCUUAAGAAUAUAAGGAAUAUCAUGAAGAAUAUAAAGAAAAUGUAAAAUUGCCCAAUAUAUUUUUGUGGGAUAGUCUGAUUCCGUCCAGACAAGUUUGUGAAGAAGAAGCCAUGUGUUUGAGAUGGCAUAACGAGCCAAUGGAAGCAGUUCAUACAAUGUGUUUAUGUAUUUUUAACGUAUACAAAUGCAUUUUCAGAUGUGUUUUUUGUCUUGAAUUUAGGGCUGGAUUCAAUCGGUAUCGUGGAAGUAUCGCAGAAGAUCAGCGUAAAAAUGUAAAGGUCAUUUCUGAUUGAGCCGACAUAAUCAGCGUGUAACGUGAAUGCAGUCUCCACGAACAGGGUAACAUUACCUUUUAAAUGUAAUCUGCGCCAUAAUGCGGAGCUUCCAUGAUGCUUCUGCGAUACUGAUUUAAUCCAGCCCUGACAUAUACUUGACUUUUAAAGUUCCUUUUCAGUAUGUUAUUUUCUAUGAAAGAUUUGUGUAUUUUGGAAAAAAUACUUUAUAGAUGUAAAAAAACAAACAAAAAAACGUUAUUUUUCCCGGAAAAAUACAUUUUACAACUGACUGUUUUAUGUAUAUAUUAGAUGGCCAUAAUUUUUAAGGAUCUUAGCUCCUCUAAAAUGUAAUGCAAUUUUGAAGCUUUCUAUGUGAAAAAGGGCCUAUAUUGCUGAGAAACAAAUAAAGCUGGGAGUUUUUUGUUGAUGUUUUACAAUGACCUGAGGGGUUUAUCCUACAGAAAUAUUUAUGAAAAGAUUUUUACAACACUUUUUUAUAUAUAAAAUAAGCAACAGUUACACUAAGAAGGAAAUAUUGAAAUACAUAGAUUAAAAAAGUUGGUACAUAAUUAUGAAUACCCUUUACUCAAUUAUAAGCCAUUGUGUGUUUUUUUUGCAGUUAGAAACGUUAUCAGUAUUGCAUAACCCAGAAUGAUACCCAAGUGCUUUAACUAAUAUGUCAAUGAGUUACAAUUUGUGUCCUUUGAAUAGCAUGCAUUCAUGUUGUAUUACGAGUAUUGCAUUAUUAUGAAAAUUCUAUAUCAUUGAUUAAGAAGUUACUAGGUUAAGCAAUAAUACUGUUUUGUUAACAUGCAGAAGAAAUCAUCUUUAUGUUUGAAUGACUGAUACUCGCCACUAUAUAAGCACAUUCAACUGUGAGUUCUAGUUUGCCAAAGCAGCUACAACAAGGAACUAUUGUGAAAUAAUUAAUUUUAUUCAUAGUGUAGUUAAUCCUGGACUCAGGGGUAGACGUAACAUAGUAAACAUAAAUCUGUCUCCCUCCGUGUAGUAUAAUAUGUUUUGUUUCGUAUGGUAUGUUAUGAAUUCCAAUUUGUUGUGGGUAACGUUAGCUAGGUGGCUAACUGGCUAUAGUUAGCUAGGCUAGGGGUUAUGUUUAAGGUCAGGGCUUAGGUUAAAGGGUUAAGGGAAGGGUUAGCUAACAUGCUAAGUAGUUGCAAAGUUGCUAAUUAGCUAAAACUCCAUGAUGAGAUUCGAACACGCAACUUUUGGGUUGCUAGACGUUCACAUUAUACACCUGCCCAUCCACCCCGACCAACCUACUUUCGUUUUUGCCUUAAGUAACUUUCUGUCUCAUGUAGCCAUACCAAACGUAACAUGUCAUACUAAUUUGAGUGUCCUGAAUUUAUAUUUAAUAUGUUACGUCUAGUCUAUGAGACCAGGCUGUAGUUCAGAGUGUAACUUACUUCUGUUAAUCAAGUUUGUGAGACAAAAUUACUAUUAUAGAGUUUGCAUGUGCAUGUGUUUUGAUUUUAAAUGAAAAAUGUGUAUUACUUUGUGCAAUGUAUUUCAUUUUAGCACUGUAACGUAGUUGGCUACAUACUGUAGUGGGCUAUAUAGAGUCGGUCCUUAAUAGCACCCUAUUAAUUUUGUGGUCCACUACUUUUGACCCAGCACAUAGGGCUCUGGUCAAAAGUAGUGCACUAUUUAGAGAAUAGGGUGCCAUUUGGGAUGUACAAUAGUCUCAACAACUUCGAAUUGAUUGUUACUAGUGAUAAAAAUGUAUCGUUCACUGAUAGUGUAUACCAAUUUAUACAUACUAACUGAAUGUAGUGUUUUAACACUUAAGUGGUCGAUUAGACAUUCAUGUUUGUUCUUUGACGUCUGUAACGUUUUGAGAUUGUAUGCUAUAAUUGGAUUGAGUAAAUUAGGAUGAUGAGUGAGAAGUUGUUGUGGAAAAUGAAAAUAACACUUCUGUUGCAACACGUCCCUGAAAUGGCAUUCCCAAAUGUGCCUUAUUUGUUAGUUAAGAAAACAACAAACUACUUUCCCACUGGGCACAGACGUCAAUUCAACGUCUAUUCCACGUUGGUUCAGCGUAAUUUCAUUGAAAUUACAUGGAAACAACGUUUAUUCAACCAGUGUGUGCCCAAUGGGUUAGUGCUUUAGUGCUAUUAGGAAUUUUGAUUAAUAAAAUAAAUGUUAAAUUCGAAA